AGUGGACAUCUGAUCUGUGUGAAUGUAAUUAUGUUACCGAACAUUAUAGUAGUAGACCUCUUGUAGAUAAUUAACUCGAAGCAAUUAAUGGCUUUCGGAUGCUGUGUCUCAACAUGCAGGGUUAGUUUCCUGGGACGUGCCCGAACUUUCUGUCAACAUUAAAGGCCUACUUAUCAUUUACAAACAGUCUUUGUCAUAGAAAGAAAUGUCAUUUGUACUUACAUAGUUUUCAUAGUUUUACAAUUUUGCAAUUCACAUGUAAAUGGUUUAAUCCUGUGUGUUAUGUGUAAUCCAGGAAGAUGAAAAGUUUAGUCAAAGAAAACACAAAUGACAAAUGGUUUAUCUCUUCUACUCAAGUUCAUUAGAGAGUUAUCGAACAUUUAAUACAAAUCAUUUUCAUAUACAAUUUCACAUUUUUUAUUGUUUUUACAUUACUUCAACUCAUCAAAAUAAGUUAAUCAGUUUUAACUCAGUUUCAUAAAUUACAGCAACUCACUCCUGACCAAAAUUUAAAACACGAUUGUACGAAUUGGCUUGUAAGGCAGCAGUUCUUUUACAGUGUACACUAACUAUACAAAAAUAUAGCAAAAUACAUCAUAAGCACCUUGGUUGUUGUCUGACUAUUUUAAUCUUUCCUCUGCCCUAUUUAGUGCAGCGUUGUAUCGCAAGAUGGCUUGAGAUCUUGACUACCGUUCAGUGUGAUAAAGAAGACAUUUGAUGCCUUUUAGGAGUGGAGCACCUGUUCACAGAGACCCAUCUGACUGACAGGUGUGUCAUCUGCUGUAGGUGCCUCAGAAGUUCAGCAGAAUAACAAGACAACACAAACCAACACAAUGCCACGCAAAAGAAAUGAUAUUGCGAUAACCAUGGAUGAGGUUGGGAUGGAUAUUGAUGCCGAGUAUGACAGCGGAAAUGACGUGGAUACAAAGAGAAAAGCUAGAGGCAGAAAUAAACCAAAGCCUGCAGCCCGGGGAAAGAAAGCCAAGCCAGCGGACAGCGUGGAUGAGAGCGAGGAAGAAGAAGAGGAAGCCCCACGGAAGAGGAAAACCAGAAAGAAGAAGCAAGAGAGUGAAGAAGAUAGUGAGGAAGAGCAGAAGGGAAGAAGAAAGAGAGGAGCGGCCGCAAGGAAGAAAGCUGCCAAGAACGAUGACUCUGAAGAAGAGAGCGAGGAGGAGAAAGGAAACAGAAGGAAAGGAGGGAGAAAAGGAAUGAGGAAGAAGGAAAAAGAGGAAGAGAAUAACAAGGAGAAGAAGGGAAAUGGCAAGGCGGCAGGCAAAGGAGGGAAAGAUAAACAGGACGAGAAGGAUAAGAAAAAAAACAAAGGCAAAUUUAGCAGCAGUUCGUCCUCGGCCAGCGGUUCAGAAGACGAGUCUCUGUCUGAAGGAGAGAUGGCACGGCUGAAAGAGGAUGUGGAGGAGAAGAAAAAGGUGAUAGCAACGCUUCGAAACAAACCCUGGCGCAUGAAGAGAAGACUCAAGUGUCUGAAAGAAGCCCAAGGGUUUGUGGAAAAGUUUGAAGGAGCCUUAGGCAAAGGAAAAGGAAGGAGACUCUAUGCAUUCAAAGUCAUGAUGACCAAGAAAAUAAUCAAGUUCAACAGAGACUUUGACAACUUUAAGACAGCCUGCAUUCCCUGGGAAAGUCGGAUUAAAGAAGUGGAAAGUCACUUUGGGUCAUCUGUUGCCUCCUAUUUUAUUUUCCUCCGGUGGAUGUAUGGACUAAAUCUUAUUCUCUUUGGCUUUGUGUUUGGGCUUGUUGUUAUUCCAGAGGUUCUGAUGGGCAUGCCUUAUGGCUCACUUCCCAGAAAAACAGUCCCCAGAGAGGAGCAGGACAGUGCCAUGGACUUCUCUGUCCUAUUUGAGUUUGGAGGUUAUUGCAAGUACUCCAUCAUGUUUUAUGGUUACUACAAUUAUCAACGAACCAUUGGAUUGCUACAGUUCCGGUUACCCUUGUCGUAUCUUUUGGUUGGCGUGGGGAUUUUCGGCUACAGUCUGAUGGUGGUUAUUAGAACAAUGGCAAGAAAUGCAAAUGAAGGAGGAGAUGGAGCAGAAGACAGUGCUUUUACCUUUUGCUGGAAGCUGUUUACCAGCUGGGAUUACCUGAUAGGAAACCCAGAGACUGCCGACAACAAGUUUGCCUCCACCACCACAAGCUUCAAGGAAUCUAUAGUGGAUGAGCAGGAAAACCUAAAGGAUGAGAACAUUCACCUGCGCAGGUUUCUACGUGUCCUAGCCAACCUUCUCAUUCUGUGUUGCUUGGGUGGGAGUGGCUAUCUAAUCUAUGCUGUGGUCAAAAGAUCUCAAGAAUUUGCCAAAAAGGACAGGAAUGAAUUGUCAUGGCUUCAAAAAAAUGAGGUGGAAAUUGUGAUGUCACUGUUGGGUUUGGUGUGUCCACCUCUGUUUGAGGUUAUAGGGGAGAUCGAAGACUAUCACCCUCGAAUCGCACUCAAGUGGCAGUUGGCCAGAAUCUUUGCCCUCUUUCUGGGCAACCUCUAUACUUUCCUGUUCGCCCUGUUUGAUGAGGUCAAUGCCAAGCUUGAAAGGGAAAAAGAGAUAAAAAAUGAAACCAUCUGGGCUCUUAAAGAAUAUUAUGCCAACUACACCUUGCAGUACAAUGUUACAGAAAAUAUUCCUCCUCCAAACAUAUCACCUGCUGAUGUCAUAAGAGGGCCCUGCUGGGAGACUGAAGUGGGCAUUGAGUUUGUGAAGCUUACCGUAUCAGACAUUCAGGUGACGUACCUGACCAUUCUGAUAGGGGACUUUUUACGGGCCGUGAUUGUGCGAUUCCUCAACUAUUGCUGGUGCUGGGACCUGGAAGCUGGCUUUCCGUCUUAUGCGGAGUUCGACAUCAGUGGCAAUGUACUCGGGCUCAUUUUCAACCAGGGAAUGAUCUGGAUGGGUGCGUUUUAUGCCCCUGGGCUGGUGGGCAUCAAUGUGUUGCGUUUGCUGAGCUCCAUGUACUACCAGUGCUGGGCAGUGAUGGCAUGUAAUGUUCCCCAUGAAAGAGUGUUCAAAGCCUCGCGAUCAAAUAACUUCUACAUGGGGCUUCUUCUCCUAGUCCUCUUUCUCAGUCUCAUGCCUGUGGUUUACUCCAUUAUGACUCUGCCUCCGUCCUUUGACUGUGGACCAUUUAGUGGUAAGAAUAUGAUGUACGAAGUCAUUAUGGAGACUAUAGAGAAGGACUUGCCCUCGUUUAUGGCAGACAUCUUCAGCUAUGCGUCCAAUCCAGGCCUCAUCAUACCUGCAGUCUUGCUUAUGGUGUUGGCUAUUUAUUACCUGAACGCGGUGUCCAAAGCAUAUCAGAAUGCAAACAUGGACUUAAAGCGGAAAAUGCAAAUGCAAAGAGAUGAGGAGAAGAACAGGAGGAACAACAAGGACAGCACUAACCAGGUGAUGAAAGACCUGGAGGAUCUUAUGCCUAACAAGUCUCUCAUUCCCCCUCCAUCUGCUGAGGAAACUGAAAAACCAGCUGAUCCCCCCACCAAGUCACCAAAAGUGAUAGGCAAACCAGGUGCUGCGGCCAGUGGGAAAGGUGUCCAUGUUCAGAAGGAAGUGUCUUUGGCUGCAGCAAAUCCGCGGGCACCUGUGACUCGCCCACCUGGUCCCAGGGCCCCUGGACCUCUCCCAGGUAAUGUUCAUGGACCUGCACCGGGUCAGGGAGCGGGAAGAGGGAGAGGUGGGCCACCACCACGAAGAUAGUGCUUGAUGAAAUUAUAUGGACACGUAAUAAAUGGAUCACAUUCAUCCAUCAUGAAGCCAUCGUUCAUUUUGUACCAUAGGAAACCACACUAAAAGGCUGUAACUGUAAAUAUUUUGUGUUAAUGUAUUUUUGUGUCCUGCAAUAAAAUGUUA